AUGGAAUAUUUUCGUUACUAUCGUAGUUGGAUGUACGAUAGAACGUUACCAGGCAGACGUGGACUUACGACAAAUUUUGAGGAAGGAGUUAAGGGGUUUAUCGCGUGGGCAUUUGCACAAGAAUGUUGUCGACGUGUGGGAGGAAUGAGAUGUCCUUGUCUUAAAUGUGAAUGUAGACGUAUAAUUAGUGACCCAGAGGAAGUAGAACGUCAUUUGAAGAGGAAGGGUUUCAUUACAAAUUAUUGGGUUUGGACAUAUAAUGGAGAACAACUGCCGAGUAACGUACAUGCAGAGACAACUAAUACAGACGCAUCAAGCAGUCAAUCACAUAUGGAAUUUGAUGAACAAUUUAAUCUGAUCGAUGAAAUGGUUGGUAAUGCAUUUGGAGUAAAUGUGACAUAUGAUGAACCUCAGGACUUUGAUGGUGAAGAGUUGCCGAAUGAGGAAGCACAAAGAUUUUACCAAUUGUUGAAAGAAAUGAAUACACCGUUGUUUGAGGGGUCGGCAGAUUCAAAAUUAUCAAUGUGUGUGAGAUUAUUGGCUGCAAAGUCAAAUUGGAAUGUUCCUGAUCAGUGUUUGGAAUACUUUGCAAAAAUGAUGUUGGAUGCGACUCCUACGAAAGACAACUUGCCUACAAGUUAUUAUGAUGCAAAGAGGUUGGUGUCGAAGUUGGGUUUAGAAGUGCGAAAGAUUGAUUGUUGCAUAAAUGGAUGUACGUUGUUUUAUGACAAUGAGUUUGGUAUUAAUGAUGAGGCGCUGGAGGAAUGUAAGUUCUGUAAGAGUCCGAGAUAUCAAGUUCGUAGUAAAGCCAUUAACCGUAAACAAAAACGUGUAGCAGUGAAGUCCAUGUUUUAUUUGCCGAUAAUACCAAGGUUAAAAAGAUUGUUUGCUUCAAUGCAUAGUGCAAGUCAAAUGACAUGGCAUCAUACAAACAAAACAUCUUCAGGCAUUAUGCGGCAUCCAUCUGACGGUGAGGCAUGGAAACAUUUUGAUAGGGUACAUUCUGAUUUUGCUGCAGAACCUAGAAAUGUCAGGCUCGGACUAUGCUCUGAUGGUUUCACUCCAUACGUCCAAGCAUCUGCAAUUGCAUAUUCCUGUUGGCCAGUUAUCGUAACCCCUUACAACCUCCCUCCAGAGACGUGCAUGACAAAACCAUACAUGUUUUUGACUUGCCUCAUUCCAGGACCGUCAAGUCCUAAAUCCGGAAUCGACGUUUAUUUGCAACCUUUAAUAGAUGAUUUGAAGAGGCUGUGGAUUGGAGAAUGGACCUAUGAUAUAUCUCGCAAACAAAACUUCACUUUGCGAGCUGCCUUGAUGUGGACUAUUAAUGAAUUUCCCGCUUAUGGAAUGUUAUCUGGUUGGGGUACGCACGGCAAAAUGGGAUGUCCACAUUGCAUGGAAUUUACAAAGGCUUUUACUUUGGAAUUUGGAGGGAAACGUUCGUGGUUUGACUGUCACCGCAGAUUCCUACCACGAGACCAUGUAUUUAGAAGAAACAAGACUGAUUUCAAAAAAGAUGUACGAGUAAAAGAUUUGCCUCCUCCGCGCUUGUCACCAGAGGAAAUAUGGAAUCGAGUUUCUGAACUGCCCAAAUUUACAGAUUACGGUGAAGCAUAUAGAAUUGAAGGAUAUGGGGUCAAACACAAUUGGACAAAAAGAAGUAUAUUUUGGGACCUCCCAUAUUGGAAAGAUGAUUUAUUGCGACAUAAUCUUGAUGUUAUGCAUAUUGAAAAGAAUUUCUUCGAUAAUAUAUUUAACACAGUGAUGGAUGUUCAAGGAAAAACAAAGGAUAAUGAGAAGGCUAGAAGGGACAUGGAAAUUUUGUGUGAUAGAAAAGAGUUGGCGUUGAAGCCUCGGCCUAAUGGAAAAUUAUUAAAACCUAAGGCAUGUUACAGUCUAACUUCCCAAGAUGCUAAAGCGGUUUGUCGAUGGUUAAAUGAAUUGAGAAUGCCGAAUGGUUAUGCUUAA